AUGCGUGUGCUUUCCACGAAUGCGUGGCCGCGCAGUGGGUUGGGCAGGAUACUGCUUACGACGCUCGUGGUGGUGCUGUUCAUGGUCGUUUCAAGGCACUAUCUACCAUCCGUCCACGACUCCGCCGAACAAGUCGUCUCGAAGUACGCACCGGAACUCCAUAUCGAGCGGCCGCGACCAUCGAAGGUACCGUUUGAGGAGGUACUACACGAUGCGCCUGAGAAACACAUACCGACCCAUAGUCCGUCAGCACCCUCACCAAUACCUACGUCGAGCUCGAAGCUCUCCCUACGAGGAUGUCCAGUGAUACCGAACUCGGACGACUACCUCAUCUCCAUGAAGACGGGCGCCACAGAGCUCUUUGCGAAGCUACCGGAACAACUGCUCACGUCGCUACGAUGUGUGCCGAAUUAUAUGAUCUUCUCCGACAUUGAGCAAGAAAUGGGUGACUAUCACAUCUACUCUUCUCUUGAGGAUGUCAGCGACAAAUACAAGUACAGCCACCGCGACUUCGACUUUUACCGCCGCCUUCUAGAUCUCGCGGCAAAAGGGCAAGAUCUCAGUCUAAUGAAGAUCACCAAGCAAGCUGCUGGAUCGGCCUGGGAUCUCGAUAAGUGGAAGUUCCUGCCUAUCACGCACAAAGUCUUUGUUGAGCAGCCGAAUGUAAAAUGGUACAUCUUCCUCGAAGCCGACUCCUACAUGGCCUGGACGAAUGUGCUCGAGCUUCUAUCUCUGUACGAUCCAGACGAACCAUGGUAUCUGGGCGCCACGCAUUUCUUUGGUGAUGUGGCGUUCGCGCACGGCGGGAUGGGCUACUUCAUCUCGAAUCGUGCUAUGAGGGAUCUACAUAGGAUCUAUGAUGGCAAGCAUAUCAAUGAGUGGGAGAAGCGCAUAUCAGAAGGGUGCUGUGGCGAUGUCGAGUUAGCUGCCAUCUUGUCUGAAGCUGGCGUGAACAUCACCGGUGUGCCCGGUCUGUAUGGCGAGUCUAUCACUUGGUUUGAGUGGGAUGAGGGCAGAUGGUGUGAACCGGCGCUUUCGUGGCAUCAUAUGGGCUCGCAUGAUGUUGAGGCGCUGUGGCAGUUUGAGUCCAAGCACUUGACGCAGGAGGUCAGCCAUUAUGUUUAUAAGGAUUUGUUUCACAAGCUUGUUGAACCGCAUCUGGCUCAGACUCGGGAGGACUGGGACAAUAUGUCUCGAGACCGUAUCAUGACUGGGCCGAGUGGGUUACAUCCGGACGAGGGACGAAGGUACAGGCUCAAGACAAGUAUUGGAGAUAUGGACGAUGAAGGGCGAAGGGAUGCCUUGCGCGACCUCAGCGACGAAGAUAAGGAGCUUGCGAUAUCUGAAGGCUUCUACAUGAAGGAGAUGCGCUGGGGCGAGCUCUCCGAGUCCGAGCAGGAAGAUGCGUGGAUUGAUCUCUCAGAUGUCGAGAAAGAGGCUCACACCUCCCUUCGUGCUUGCAAAGCCGCCUGCGAGGACUGGGGCGAGUGUAUCCAGUUCUUCUACAUGACUGAUAGAUGCCACCUGCAUCGAAGUGUCAGACUGGGACACUACAUGCAGGCUAGCUCAGGGGUAGAGGACGACGAGGACAAGGAGCCAGUCAGGAUGACUUCAGGGUGGAUGAUGGAUCGUGUUCGAGAUCUCAAGGAUAGAGUGGGUACUUGUAAGAGUGUGCCGGAGUGGAUGAAGGAGUAUGCUAAGAACGAAUUGAGGAAGCAUGAUGAUUAA